AUGGUUGACCCAUAUCCCUACCAGUCCGCCAACACCAUCUACGGUCAUCUCCGCUCGUUGAGCAACACGAUCGGAGGCCUAGGAGAUAUAGUGACUUCUCUACACUUCUCAGCCGUAUCUCCCGAAUCAACAGACACAAACAUGCCUUCUUUCAGUCCACCAGGAUCUAUUCGUCGCCGCUUUCUUAGGAUCAUCAGUUUUGGUCGAUACAGCAGUCGCAGCGCGGAUGACACAGAGCCACUCACCAAAGCUCGUGAUCCCCCACGAAGACACAGUGCACCAGCUGAUAUGGACGUACCAUCAAACGAGCAACCUACAUAUACCGCGCACCAAAGUCAACACUCUUCUGACAGUGCUCAAACUACUAUCGUUCAUGAUGUAUCACCAGGCGCGACUCCUUUCUCCAUCGAUACUUUCCGAGGCCAACAUCGUCACAUGUCCGAUACCGAGUUCGAUACGCCUAGUCAACCAGAAGCAGAACCAGAGACCAUCGACACUGCCAUUCGUGCCGAUGAGGCAAGCUGGGAUCCAACACGCCUUCGCCGCAACAAGUCAAUCAUGCAUUGCAACAUCUGCAAUCGCAUCUGGGAGUACAAUCAAAUCCACUGUCCGGGCUGUGCUGCUAGGACGCUCCACCAUAUAUCUGGAUCUAGCGAGGACUCGUACACCGACAGUGAAGUCAGUGGACAUGACCCUCACCCUCUUCAUCAUCGGCCAGGUAGACGCAUUCCUGAACGUGAUGUUUUGCCGACGGAAAGCAGUUGGGCUACGCACGAACUUGAGGCUGGUACCGCUGAAGAGUCUUGGGCAACGACUACGGCCGAUGUAUCUGCGACAGAGACUGCACAAGCUUCCAGCGAGCAGUCUACAGAAACUCAUCCAGCUAGCAAGGAUCCGGGCAAGAAGCAUCGUACCACUCACUACGCGGCCAUAUAUUGCUGUUGCAGGAACGCAAAUACGCACCAAGAUUCAAGCACUGAUGUAUGUACUCAGCCAUGCACACUUCGCAUAUGGCCUAUCACUGCAGCUGGCCAAGCAGUGUGCAGAUGUUCGAGAUGUGGAAGUCGUCAUGUGCGCGGAUACGUGGAGAUCUUGGAAGAUCAUGCCCCAAGCUGUGAGCGCGGUGAUGGAGGUCACGAAGUGACUGUCAAGAAGGAAGGGUCUUGGUUAAUGAGAUUGUUGAGGUGGUUUUGCUGUUGCUGA